GCGCUUCAUUUGUAUGAAUUUUACCAAAAUCAAGUGGAAGCCAAAUUCUUCAGAAUGACGGCGUUUGAUGACGAAAGUCCCCUUAUAGGUGGAGCUGAACUAUAUGUUGUUCCCGAUUUUGCCAAGACGAACGUUUGGAUGGCUGCAGUGAAGAGAAGAUUUCAGAGGUCGUUUAUGUUGCUGCCUUCACUGAAUAUAGCCUUCACAGUCAGAAACGUAUCAAGGACAACGGUCUACAAUAGCUCCAUAUUACUUACCUAUGCGAUUGCCUUAGUUUCGGAAAAAAGAGCCGAUCAUGUUAACUGA